GAAGCGUUGGUGGACAGCGUGAACAGGAAACGUAAACAGACUCUAAUACCUGUUUCAUUGAACAGGUUUUUAGCUUUCAUUUCUCCCAUAAAAGCUCGUUUUACCUCUCAAAGUUAUGCAAACGUGGAGUCUCGUGUCCAUUUGUGUUUUGCUCGGGGUCGUGGUGAGAUGGGGAGUUUCGUUAACGUCGUAUUCAGGGGCGGGGAAAUCUCCCAUGUUUGGCGACUACGAAGCUCAAAGACACUGGCAAGAAGUCACCUAUAACCUCCCUCUUCAGGAAUGGUACUUCAACACCACUGACAAUGACUUGAACUACUGGGGUCUUGACUAUCCUCCUCUGACUGCCUACCACAGUCUGAUCUGUGCUCAUAUAGCCAAGAUAAUAAACCCUGAAUGGGUGGAGCUCCAUAAAUCCAGAGGUUAUGAAAGUCCAGAACACAAGUUAUUCAUGAGAGCUACAGUCCUGGUGGCGGAUUUGUUGAUAUACAUCCCUGCUGUGGUUCUAUAUUGUUUCUGCCUGAGUGAUGGAUCCUCUAAGAAAAAGGUUUGCACUCUGCUUUGCUUCCUGCUGUAUCCAGGGCUACUUCUUAUUGACCAUGGACAUUUCCAGUACAAUGUAGUGAGCCUGGGCUUUGCCCUGUGGGGGGUUCUGGCUCUGGGUCUGGGCUGGGACGCGCUGGGCUCCAUGGCCUUCUCCCUGGCUCUCAACUACAAACAGAUGGAGUUGUACCAUGCGCUGCCCUUCUUCUGCUACCUACUGGGAAAGUGUGUCAAACUGGGCCUGAUGGGGCGAGGGAUGUUCCAGUUGGUGAGAAUUGCUGCAACAGUGUUGGUGACUUUUGCCCUCUGCUGGCUGCCCUUCCUGUCUGACCCCAGCCAGGCCUUGCAGGUGGUCAGGAGGAUUUUUCCCGUGGCUCGUGGUCUGUUUGAGGAUAAGGUGGCCAACACAUGGUGCAGCUUGAACAUCCUGAUAAAGAUCAGAUCCAUUCUGUCCAGGGACUCCCAGCUCUACCUCAGUUUUGCCUGCACUCUCCUGGCAGUCCUACCGUCCUGCCUCAGACUUUUGACGAAGCCCACCUUCUGGCAGUUUAAACUGGCCCUGGUCAAUUCAUCUCUGGCAUUUUUCCUCUUCUCCUUUCAAGUCCAUGAGAAAUCCAUCCUUUUGGCUUCCUUGCCCGUCUGCCUCCUGUUGAACGACCUCCCCCUGAUUGCCAUUUGGUUCCUACAGGCCUCUACGUUCAGCAUGCUGCCUCUGUUUCUGAAAGACGGUCUGCUCGUGCCCUACGUUGUGACCUCGAUGGCCUUUCUCUUCUUCAGCACUUAUCUGUUGUCUGCACUGGAGCACAGUUCAGAGGAAGAGCUCAGACUGGGAUACUACCGCAAGCUGCUUUUCUUCCUAGCCAAAAUGGACCUGGCCUGUAUAGUGAGAUGGAAGUUCUACAUCUGCAUCGCAGCCAUGGCCGGUUUGAGCGUCGUGAGCGCAGCACUCGUCCCUCCACCACAUCUGCCUGACUUGUUUCCUGUGCUGGUGUCUGUUUUCGCUUUCAUGCACUUCAUGGGAUCAUUUGUAUAUUUCAACAUCGUCCAGUUCAGCGCACCUCUGAGCAGAAAGAGCCAGAAGAAGAACAACUGAAUGGUGCCGAAUGUUGUGAUAUACACUGCAAGACGUUUCAAGCUCAAUUUGAGUUUGGAAAGCCAGUUUUGCGCACGGGUCAUGUCUGUCCUUAAUGUGUAUGGGGGCUUUCUGCAUGCCAUCACGUACCCAAUGCAGAUAGCACAAUUAGUGCAUACAGUAUUGUGAGCUCAGAGGAGCUGAGACAUCAAGUGAAAGGAUAGUGAUAAUUUUCAAGUUUGGACCAAAUAAAUUCAUGAGUUUAUUUAAAAAAAUCCCUCCCCGUUACUAGAAAAUUACACAUUUUAGCAUUUGCCUACAUUUGUUUAUUAACCACAUUGUAUUUCUAACAUUGUUUUCCAUUCGGACCAUUGACACUGAAGUCUUCAAGCUACUAUUGCCCAGCUGGCCAAUCUCAGUCCUUUGGGAACAUUAAAAGUCACAUUGGUAGACACAGGAGUGAAUUCAGAUGACACAAUGCCUGUAUGCUCAAGCUAUGAGGUAGCCACAACAACAGAGACACUUGUACUGAUCAGUUAUGGUUGAGACUGUGUCAAUUAAACUUCAUGGAAACUUUAAAAGCUACAGAUAGUUACCGUUAGGUGUCCCUGUUAUUGUGUCCACCCUAUGCUUUCCUUGUAAUUUAAUGGACACCUGAUGGAACUGGACUCAGGUUUUUCAGUAAUGGUUGAUCAUUAUCGAUUCAUGUGAACUUUUUUUUACGGUUUUCUACUGUACAUUUUUACCUAUCAUCAAAGUUAUUUUGUACAAACUUAGUUUUUCUGAAAAUAAAUUAAAAUUUCUCAACGACCUAAA